GACAAUCGCAAGCAAACUGUCCUAACUCCACCAUUUAUCACAACUCCAAAUCACCCACCAUAAUACCUCACCUUCCCUCCAAAACACCUCAAAUCUCACCUAUUCAUUCAAAAUCCACCUACCAGCCGACUUUCCAAAAAACCCAAAAAAAGGAGCACCACCAACCAUGCCAUACCUCCCCACCACUCAGGCAUACCUGGAACAAUCCGCUCUCCUCCUCGAAGCAUAUCCAAGCGACACCCGCAUAACGACAAAAUACUCCUUCCCCUCCCAACGCCCUUCAUCCCAGAACUCCAAGCCCAAAGAUACCGAAUCAACACCACCCGCGCCCCCAGUCGCAACCCUCACAUUAAAAACCUACAACCCAGCCUCUGGAAUCUGUCUCAAAUACCGCACGAACAAAGCCGCCGAGGUAGGACGGUUGAUCACGUCUCUGGGGAAGUUGGCCGGCGGGGCGAAUGUAGCUGCGCUGGGAUUGGGGAAUGCUGCGCCGGCGGUGCAGGGUGAUGUGGAGAUGACUGAUGCGCCAGAGGAUGGUGCGGCUGUGGCUGCGGCUGCGGCUGCGGCGAAGACGGAGGGGAAUAAGGGAGUGAAGGGGAAGAAGAAGGGUGGGAAGGGGAAGAGGUGAUUUUCUAGAGUGUGGAUUCAGGAUCGAGGAUCGAGAAUCAUGGAUGUCGGAGCUUAUGGGUGUGUUUGGUCGCCCGGUUUACAAAUGCUGGGUUUGGGCCGGUAGAGCUAGAGCUUGUGUCCAGGAUUAUGGGGGUUGUCUCUUGCUUGUGCAGUGUUUCGGAGCUGGCACAGGACUUGCUCCUGAUCUUCGGUAUCGGGAACGGGCUGUUCAUGGGUUCUUAGGCCCCUGUGUUUCCAGAGAGACAGGAGUAGGAUGCAGACUCCUCGGGUGGAUGCAGACGGCAUUACUCCGGAAAAGGACUUCAUACUCUAAUGAUGUAUGUGCUGUACAUAGACAAAUUCCGAUACAUUUGCUACGUGCCUUUUGACAAGGAAAUGUUCCACAGUACAGAGUAAAGCAAGAUAAUUGCGAGAAACAGUGACUUUUCGA